AUGGUCAACGUUCACGAAUUCGAACACGGUUCCCGCAACACUACCGGAACUUGGACACCGUUUGACUGGGAAGACCCCGUCUUCGGCCCUCAGUCUAAAGGAGAAGUUGUGACUAUCCGGACUGGUGGGACCUCUGGGUCCCUCGCUGCUGGCCUCUGGCGUACUGGCCCUGGUAUCGCUGGAUGCAACGACGAUGGCAGCUGCGAUGUCGUCUAUUCCGCCCCUCUGGGUGACGAAACGAUGCUAUUGUUGGAAGGCUCGUCCGAGGUCACGAUCAAAUCUAGCGGCAAAAAGUAUCAUCUCGAAGCAGGAACAAUCAUCAGCCAUCCAAAGCAUGUCCAGCUUUCCUGGCACUCUACCACGCCCUUCUUGAAGAAGUUUUGGGUAAUAUGGGACGGUGCUACUCCGGGAACCAAACUCGACGACGUCAUCGUUAGCAACAUCAAUCAUAACCCGCAAGGCUGGGCUCCUUUUACCUGGGAGGAGCCAGGCAAGGGUCAGCAGGCCGUUGGCGAAUUUACCCUGGUACGCAGCACGGGCUCCACGGGAACUCUGGAAGUUGGGCUCUGGCGAACCGGGCGCGGGAUUCCAGGCUGCAACGAGGACGGUUCCGCCUCUUUCGAGUAUAGCUCGCCGCUUGGGGACGAAACCAUCAUGUUGCUGGAAGGACUGGUGACCAUCGUUGAGCAUGAGUCCGGGAAGAUGCAUAAGUUUCAAGCCGGAGAUAUCAUUGCACUUCCCUCUGGCCUGAAGGUUUCCUGGACCUCCGAAGGGCCGUUUGUGAAGACCUACUUCGUCGCCACAAACGACAAACCUGUUCAAUGA